GUCGUCCAUACCGUGUGAAAAUUCACUUAGCUGUCUUCUCCUCAUUCACAGAACACUUUAACACCUUCUUCACCAUGUCACUUUCCUUCAACACUCUUUAUAUAUACCACCUUUCAAUCCACACUUUCCCUCUCAAUAUCAAAACCAAACAAACAACAGAAAAACAACUACCUAGUACUACAACAGAAUAACAAACUUGUUUUAUUACAGCAUGUUUACUAAUAAUCAAAUUUCGGACUCGCAUGAUUCAUGUUCGUCUUCGGAGAGGUUUCUCAAGCCGAAAAAACCUGCGGGAAGGAAAAAGUUCAGAGAAACGCGCCACCCGAUAUACCGUGGUGUAAGAAAGAGGGAUUCUGGAAAGUGGGUGUGUGAAGUGAGAGAGCCCAACAAGAAAACAAGAAUCUGGCUAGGGACGUUUCUAACUCCUGAGAUGGCGGCGCGUGCGCAUGACGUUGCCGCGAUUGCGCUUAGAGGAAACUCUGCUUGUCUUAAUUUUGCUGACUCUACUUGGAGGUUGCCGGUUCCGGCUACGUCGGAUGCGAGAGAUAUUCAAAAGGCGGCGGCAGAGGCAGGCGAGGCUUUCCGGCCGGAGACUAAGUUUCAGAACAGUGAGGACAUUGAGGAGAGGAAGGAUAAUGAGUUAUCGUCGACGGUGAUGGUGGCAGGGGCGGAGACGGAGACGGCGAUGGAGCAACGAGAGGAAGAAGAGGAUGCAGUGCCGGAGUAUUUGAGAAACAUGGUUUUUACGUCACCUGCACGUUACUGGGGGAACGAGUUUUGUUUUGAUGACGUGGAAUUUGGUGAUACUGAAGUUUCAUUAUGGAGUUACUAAAUUUAAUUCAAGAAAAGUGCUAGUACCAAAUUCAGAAAUAAGAGGUUGCAUGGUGUGUACUUGUUUGUGUAGGAAAUUGUAAGAUAGUGUCUGUACUUAUGAUUUUUUUACAGUACGGAUACUAUUGGUAGGUUGAGAAAAGAUGUGACAGAAGAAAAUAUACUUCUUUUUUGGGAUGUUGAUACUAGAUACAUGAUGUGUUAUGUGUACAUUAAUUUUAAGUGUGCACAAUAUUUUGCUGAAAAUUACAACAUUUGAUAUAUUAAUAAACUUAAAUAGAAGUUUUGGA